GCCGUUUCCAAGGCGACCCGGGAGGAAGGGCGGCUGAGCGCGAGCGCGCGCGCGGCGUUCCCCUCCGCUCUCCCCUCGCUGUGCCGGUCACGCGCGAGGCGCGCGCCGGGCCCCCGCCGGAGCGGAGCUACGCGAUGCGGUACGGCGGGCGGCAGGUGUGUUAUCUGAAAAAUCUGAGAAUGGAUUGACUGCAUUACAAGUUUACAGUGCACUAAGUAAAGCCUUGGAAAUGGCUCUACAAUUGAUAAGGCUCAUUUUGGAUGUCUAGAACAUCUGUGCAAAGCAGCUGGAAUUAGUUGAAUACGAUAACCACUGCUGAUUCAGUUGCAUCCUCCAACAUGACCAGUCCUCAGCCUGCAAUAGAAGGCGGUGUUUCAGAAGUUGAGAUAAUUUCGCAGCAAGUUGAAGAAGAAACCAAAAGCAUUGCCCCUGUACAGCUUGUUAAUUUUGCUUAUCGAGAUCUGCCCUUAGCUGCACUUGAUCUGUCUGUGGCUGGGUCCCAGCUUUUGUCAAAUUUGGACGAGGAGUACCAAAGAGAAGGAUCUAACUGGCUAAAACCAUGCUGUGGGAGACGAGCAGCUGUGUGGCAGGUAUUUUUGCUCAGUGCAAGUCUCAACAGUUUCCUGGUAGCCUGUGUAGUGUUGGUGGUGAUUCUUCUGACUCUGGAACUCCUAAUAGAUAUAAAGCUUCUCCAGUUUUCAAGUGCUUCACAGUUUGCAGGAGUAAUUCACUGGAUCAGCCUAGUCAUCCUGUCUGUUUUCUUUUCAGAGACUGUUUUGAGGAUUGUGGUCCUUGGCAUAUGGGAUUACAUUGAAAACAAAAUAGAGGUGUUUGAUGGUGCUGUCAUAAUCUUGUCCUUGGCGCCAAUGGUGGCCUCAACAGUGGCUAAUGGCCCCAACAGCCCCUGGGACGCUAUCAGCCUUAUUAUCACACUACGAAUAUGGAGAGUGAAGAGGAUUAUUGAUGCAUAUGUCCUUCCAGUGAAAGUGGAGAUGGAGAUGAUGAUUCAGCAGUAUGAGAAAGCAAAGGUUAUUCAGGAUGAACAGCUGGAAAGACUAACCCAGAUCUGCCAAGAACAAGGGUUUGAGAUCAGGCAGCUGAGGGCCCACCUUGCUCAGCAAGAUUUGGAUCUGGCUGCGGAGAGAGAGGCUGCGCUGCAGGUCCCACAUGUGCUGAACAAACAGAGCAGCAACAGGUACAAGGUGGUUGCCACUGAAGACUCAGAUGAUGAAGCCACCGAGACCAUCACCGAGUUGCAGACUCCACGAGAGGAUGACAUGAACAAUUACAUCAGCCGGUACUACAAUGAGCCCAGCAGUGACAGCGGUGUUCCUGAAGCUGCCAUCUGUGUGGUCACCACCGCAGCCAUCGACGUCCAUCGCCCCAACAUCUCCUCUGAGCUCUUCACCGUGGAGGUGCCCAUGCGGCUGAGCAGCACCGGGACGUCGGCCAGCAUCACUUCGGGCAGCGCCUCGCGCUCCACCGUCAGCUCGGGCACACAGGCGUGCAGUGAGAGCAGCCAGACCCUGGGCUCCUCCCCAGACUGCAGCGCAGCCUGUGAGGACGGGGCCGGCGCCAGCCCUCAGGCCGACCUCGUGCCCAGCCAGCAGCGGGUGGCACAAGCCAUGGUCCAGGAGCUGCUCUCUUCCCUGUCCGAAGAGGCACGCCUGGCGCAGAAGGGGCUGGACCCUGUCAACCUGAAGCUGCCCAGCCCCGCGGGCUCAGUGAGGGCCAGCCCUGACCUCGGCCACCGCCUCAGCGUCUACAACCGCAGGAAUCAGGAGAACCUUGAGGUCUUCCAGCUCAAGCCACUCAUUGACUCUCCACAGGGCCCGCCGGUGAUUGAUGACAAGUAUGGGGCCCUGGGACCCCCCGAGCCACGGCUGAGCAAGCUUUCUCUCUCCCGUGCCCCAACUGAGCCUCACCUGAAAUAAGUCUGCCACCAGUCCGUAGUCUGCCACUUGGAAAAUUGGAGCUUCUGGAUCUUUGUUAAUAGCAACAAUGGUCUGCAACAACAGGAAAGCACCACGUGAACACCGUGAUCAUCAUGCAGGGGCAGAUGGCACAGACAGGCCUGACCCGAGGAACGGGGCUGACUUCUCUCCUGGCUGCUAGGGGCAGAAGGCAACAGGUCACAGCAUUUAACAAACAUCUUCCCCUUCUGCUUCUAAAACCAAACCCAACCCCACCACUCCUAAAAGCCCACCACCACGCGAGUCUCAACACUGAGCCAAGCAGUCCUAACAACAACCAAGUGCAUUUCUAAAAAAUCCCUUCCUUGCUCACAUUAUGCAGCUCUCCUCCCUUGUUUAAAAUAAGUAAGUCUGGAAAAAAACUACAACAGAUUACCUGCAAUAUUUAAGCCAUAGCAUUACAGAAAUAAAUCAGAGGUAGCACUUACUUAAAAUAAACGUAACAGAGCCGUGCCAAAGGCCCCCGUACUUACAGCAGGCCAUGUAAUUUAUUGUGUCACACAGCAGAAAAAUGCACGUGAGCUAAAUCCCAACACAGCAGUCCAGAAAAUGCCUUCCCCCAUUUGAACUCUUUCAUAAAAGGUAAAUCCCAUCAUAAAUGUCUGUGACAGUUUCCAGCAAAAUAAGCGUGGGCGUCCAAAGUUGAAUCUCCAACAGGAUGGGGAGACUCCAUCAAGGAUGGGGAAAAAAAUAAUCAGAAAUAAGCAACAGCUCAUAAAACGAGCCUAACACCCAUUGGCCUAAACCACAGCACUCUGCCACUGCCUCUCCACCUCAGUGCUACCACUGCGAGCUCUGAUUUGAGGCAACAGAUUCCCCAGGACAGCUCUAACCAACAUUUCCUCUGCACACCUACCUGCCAUUCCCAGGUAGCCACAGUUGAUGGUUCUCAUAUGCUCUGCUCCCUCCACUGACUGUACUUGCCUGACAAAAUUAAUGGCUCAGUAGCAUACAUCAGUGGCAAUAACUCAAAGAUAAAAGUUCACAAAUCCUGUGUUGUUAAGCCUACAGAAACCUCCUUUCUUCACAGCUCAUUUGUAUCCCAUGACUUGCUGUAAAGGAGAACCACAUGGUUUACACAACAAGGCAGUACCUACAGCAGAGCCCUGCUGCUGCCUUCUCGCCAGCUCACGAGCACAGAGCUGCAAGCGUGCCAGUACUACCUGCCCCAACACAUUCCUCCCAAAGGUUUUCAUUUUAUUUCUGUUACUCCUCUUGCAAAUGCAAGCCUUUGCUAACAGCUCUACAGCGCAGGAAGCAAAAUCCAGGUUAUGACAGCCAAGGAUAUUACUUCAAAAGACUUUAGCUGUGCUCUGAGGCCCCACCACGUGUUCCCGGAGCUGCUCCCAGGGACACAAGGACUCACCCAUGGCUGCAGGGGGCAGGACAGUCUGGCUGAGAUGGCACAGAACAUAGCUGGCUGGGCAUCCCCAGUGAGCCCUGCUAUGGGCGCUUGCUCUCACCAGGCACAAGGGAGAGGUGUGCAGGAACUGCAACCCUCAGAGCUUGUCCCUUCAGCACACAACACACCUCCAGCCACAAACCCUGCAGACUCAGCUCUCCGCGCUUCCCUCUUCAGGCCCACAGCCCUGGAGGGCUCCCUGGGAAAUGCUGUGCCACGCUGACGAAAACAAAGUAGCAACAGUUGCUUGAAAAGCAUCUGCCUUCAGCUGCAGUUGGCAGCCCAGGCCCUCCUCUGCCUCCUCUUGCUGAAGGGACUUUUUGUAAGACCUGGAUCUCUACCUCAUCACCACAGUCAGACUUCCCAUGGUAAGAAUAAGAAGCAUCACUUUGCUUGCAACAAUGGCAACAAACUUUUGCAAGUUACAUCUCUUAAAAAGAAAAGAUACUGUAACUACCUCAGGAGGGCAUUAAAAUACCUAAGGAAAGCAACAAGGACUUGCCAGGCCUCCAAAGCUGCAUCCUGUACCUUGCUGUAAGAGGACAAAUUACUCGCUUCACUCGGUAGAAAGCACCAGAACACUCUGGAAAGCAUAUCCUGAAGCGUGCACGUUCACAGUGCCAGACAGUGCCCAGUGCCAAUGGGAGGAUGGGGGACAAUCCAGGGGCAGUUUGCAUGGCUGCAAAACCCUUUCAUUUGUAUAUAGGGGAACUUUUCAGUAACUCCAACACCUGCACUCAGGCUAAAAGGAAAGCAGGAUGCAUUUCAAACACACGGAAGCAAAACUGAAUUUCAGAAUGCAAUUUGUUUACGACAGAAAAACUGUUACCUCUGGGGGAAAAUAAACCUAAGUACGCUUCUCCUAUUGACCAACUUUAUCUUAUUUGAUAUAAAAACGUCUCAAAAUAUCAAACAUGGCACUGGAAAAGCGAAAAAAGCAGAGGUUUUGCAGAGAUGGCUGUGAGGGCACUGCACCAGCACUGCUCCUGCCCAUGCUCCAUGCUGACCCUCUGCCCCUGCUGUCCCCCUGUUGCUGCACAGCCAGCAGGGGAGGCUGCACUGACCCUGUUUCCACUAAGGCCACCGAGAACACACUGCAGAUGCCAUUAUCCACACCUCUGUCUCAGCAGUGACCUUCAGCUCUGCCCAUCAAUGCUCCUUAGUGUCAGCUGUUUCUUCCUUAAUUGAGGAGAUAAGCAAGAAUAGCUUGCAUCCAUUUUAGAAGGGUGAGGCCCAAAAAAGGCUGCUGCACCCACAAUGCCCCCCCAGAAACAUUUGAUUUAAAUAACAUGUGCAAAAAGAACUAAAAAGCAGCACGGAUCACCCCACCACGCAGGUUGGCUUGUGAGGAUACACAGCGUCCUGUGAGCUCACUGCACUCUGUCACUGCUCAGACACAAAAGACGAUUUUAGGGAUCCGUCUGCAGGGUUUUGCACACUGUUUGUCCUCAGUUUGUGACAGUUUUACAAGCUACUCCAAUUCCUGGCUGCCAGAAGGCAAAACCCAACCCAGCAAAGCUUCUGAAAAGUUCCCUGGAAGUAGAAAAAUAAAGCAACCCUUUUUCUCUACAAUUCCUCAGCAGGAGGCAGGACAGCUUUUUGGUUUAUUCUGUUCUUCGUGUUUGGCACCUGACAGUAGGAUGCAGCAAGUAAUUCUGCUAUUCUUUCCAAACAUUGCACUGUGGACCAAACUGGCAAUUCCAGUUUCAGAUUAUUUGCUUUGGCAACUAAUGAGUUAAACCUUUUAAAGUUUUACUGCCAGUUUAUAAUAGGUUUCCAUUUGAAUAGCUAAAUGCAGGAAUGUCAGAGACAUCUUUUACUUUAUGAAAUAGUAAGUUCAUAAUUCAAAUAACGCAUUGUUAUGCAUGAAUUAAUAUGUCAUACUCUGAAAUAAAUGCAAAUGCAUCUAUUGUAUAGAA